AUGGCGGGGAAGCCUGUGCUUCACUACUUCAAUGGCAGGGGCAGAAUGGAGUCCAUCCGAUGGCUUUUGGCUGCAGCAGGAGUGGAGUUUGAAGAAAAAUUCUUUGAAACACGUGAAGAAUUUGAAAAGUUAAUUCAAGGUGGAACCCUGAUGUAUGAACGAGUGCCCAUGGUGGAAAUGGAUGGAAUGAAUUUGGUAGAAUCCAGGGCCAUUCUAAGAUACAUAGCUGCAAAAUAUGGCUUGUAUGGAAGGAACCUGAAGGAGCAAGCCUGGAUUGACAUGUAUGUAGAAGGCUUGAGGGACCUGAGUGACAUGAUUAUGUACUUUCCACUAUCUCUGCCUGAAGAGAAGGAAAUGAAUCUUGAGUAUAUUCUCCAGCGAGCCACUAUGAGAUUCUUCCCUGUCUAUGAGAAGGCACUAAGAGACCCUGGGAAAGAUUUCCUUGUGGGGAGUCAGCUGAGCUGGGCUGAUAUACAGCUCCUUGAAGUCAUCUUAAUGGCUGAAGAGUGCAAACCCAGUGUCCUCUCAGACUUCCCUCUGCUACAGGAAUUCAAGGUCAGAAUCAGCCACAUCCCCACAAUUUACAAAUUUCUCCAGCCUGGAAGCCAGAGAAAGCCUCCACUGGAUGAAGAAUCCAUUAAGAAAGUGAAGAAAAUAUUCAAAUUUGAAAAUGGCAUGUUUCUCAAAAACAUGAGCACUAUAGAAGCUGAGUAUUAGCAAUUCAAGAGGUUGAAUUCAAGAGGUUCAGGACAUACUGCACACUUCAUUUAUAGGAAGGCCCAGUAAAAUAUUCUAAAGAUAUGUUAAUAAAGAAAAGUAAUAAAUGCAUAAGGAAAUAAAGUCCCUAAAACUUGCCUGCAAAUUAGAAAACUCCUUUUCUAUUUUUCCUAAAUAUUCUGACACCACUUAGAAUGAUCCAAAUAUGAAUUCUUUAAAAAAAAUAAUAAAGAAUUCUUCUGGAUUUUCCAUGUGCAAAGGGUGAAAUCAUAAGUAAGCAAACAGAUAUCAAGGAUUUCUUUAAAAACCAAAAACCGAACGGCAAGAAGGGCAUGUAUCACCAUCAUUCACUUCUACCAUCUUUUGGGAACAGUCCAGGACUCUGUACAGCUUCAAUUACUUCCUAAAACUUUGUCACUUGAGUAUGUCACAGUAUUUCAUAUAUUUCUAUGAUCAAUUUCUAUAUCACUGUCAUAAUCAAAGGCUGAGUAAAAGCUGUUGUCAGUCUGAACCUGCAGGCUCUUCCCUUCAUCUUUGACAGGUGACAAAUAAGGAGAGUAGCUCAGUUAUGACAGUAUGUUCCAGCCUUGCUUGUGGUUAAUAAUUUCUUUGGCAUCAUUAGAAUUGAUGGGAUUUUUUKGGGGGGGUUCUUUUUUAAAGUAUAUCAAGGACUUUGUUUAAGUUUCCUUUGGGGUUCAACCAAUAGGGUUUGGGUUUUUUUCCUCUUAAUUGAAUUCCUUGUCACUAUCAGCUGGCAAAUGAAACCAACCUAGCACAACCAGAUCUAUUCUGCUGCUAAGGGCUGAAGACUCUGCACUCCCUCGCUUAAACAAAGGGUAUGGAAACCSAUAGGACUAAAAUCACAGGCUUUUAGACCUCUGAGGGGUCUUGUUGACCAUUAAGUUAAAGUCUUCCUUGAGGAAGAGGAAUUGAGUCCAGAGACA